AUGGAUCAUAAUAGUGCGGGAGGCUGCAACACCUACUACUACUGCGGCGCGAGCACCAGGCCUCCGACCGGCCAACGCACAAAGGAACCUGCAAGCAGCUCAAGGACGCCAAGGAAGCGAUGGGAGACGGCGGAGUCCAGGCUGCGGGCCCGCGACCCCGACUGCCUGGAGACCCACGCCGGCAAACUGUGUACGGCGAGCUCCGGGUCCGCUCCCUCCUGGCGGCGGCAAGGCAUUGAGGACGGAUUGAAGGUCUACCUCAAGCUGCUGCACCUGAACCACACCGACCAGCAAGAUGUGCGGGACAUUGUUCCGCCCCUGUAUAUCCGACCCGGGCGCGACCAGGAAGCCUACGACUUUCUCAAGUACUGGGGCCUCCGCGACAACGACCUGGGGGACAAAGACCAGCCCUUCCUGCGCAUUAAGAACGCCGAUGCCUACGAGGGCGUUGAGAUCUGGGACCACGAGAUCCUGCCGCUCGCGCAGGCCAUCAAUGUCCUGCUCAUCAAGAUCCGCCUGCUGAUCGGCAUCCGGUCCGUGCAGCGCAUGAAAGCCUGGAAGGCCAGCCAGGGCGAGGACGUCGCCGCCAUGUCGGGCGCGCAGGUCCUCGACUGGCUACGGGACGACUUGGGCCCCUUCUGCGGAGACAUCUUUGAGCGUGCGCCGGAAGUUCUUGGCGAUGAUGCGUUGCUGGAUGAGAAGUUGUCUGCGGUGGCCGACCAGAUUAUCGCGCUCCUCUGGGCCAUUAAACGUUACAACGUAUACUUCAUAGCCAUGCUGCUGAACCCAGAGGAAAAGGAUUUCGGGUCCGAACGGACGGGCUUCCACAGGCCGGGAUCGGAAACAGAGGCCAGGUUGGCCUUCAUGCGGACAUAUUCGGCGUGGUGCGAGACGGAUGGGGCAAUUCAGCGGUUGCGGAACAUAAUCUCCAAAGGCCUUGAAUAAUGCGAUUGUUCGGUUUCUGUUUGAUGGUGAUUGGUUUUGGUUUGGAUAUUGGUUUGGAUGCUCCACAGAGUAUGAGUUACUGCCAUUGCCGCUUGUUUUCCUUUUAGGACCCUUACAAUUGAGACGUUGGGUUCACGACUCUCGG